AUGGGUUCCCUGACUGCACCCAAACUUAUAGUAGUAGACUUCACAAAGGAGGACAUGAAGCCAGGUUCAAGUUCUUGGUCUUCUGCAUGCAAAGACAUCAGCAGAGCCCUUGAAAACCAUGGCUGCUUUGUAGCAUUAUAUGAUAAAAUUUCUCCCCAGCUUCAUAAAGCUAUAUUCCACGCAGCUGAUGAGUUAUUUGAUCUUCCCACAGAAGUAAAAAUCCAGAAUAUAAAUGAAAAACCCUACCAUGGCUAUGUGGGGCAAAUGCCUAUUGUGCCCCUACAUGAAGGUUUAGGCAUUGAUUAUGCAACAACACUUGAAGGAGCUCAAAGUUUCACAGAGUUAAUGUGGCCUAAUGGAAAUGAUUCUUUCUGUGAGAAUUCAAUGUCCUUUGCCAAGACUGUAGCAGAGUUGGAAAAGAUUGUGAUAAGGAUGCUAUUUGAAAACUAUAGCGUGGAGAAAUACACAGAUUCUCACAUUGAAUCGACUACCUAUCUUCUCAGGUUCUUGAAAUAUCGAGCCCCAAAAGCUGACGAGACUACGAUGGCAUUUCCCUCUCACACCGAUAAGAGCUUCCUCACCAUACUGUAUCAGAAUCACAUUUCUGGCUUGGAAAUUAGAGCAAGAGAUGGGGAGUGGAUCAAUGUGGAGUUCCCCCCAUUGUCCUUUGUAGUCAUGGCUGGCGAUGCAUGCAAGGCAUGGAGUAAUGACCGGGUACUUUCUCCGAACCACAAAGUGACAAUGAACAUAAAUGGAAGAGAAACUAGAUAUACCAUUGCGUUAUUCUCUUUCCUAAGCUGCAUGGUGGAAGUACCAGAAGAGCUAGUUGAUAAUGAACACCCAUUGGAAUUUAAACCAUUUGUUCAUGUCGAUCUUCUCAAGUUUUAUGAUACAGAUCAUGGACGGAGAUCGCAGAAUAUACUCAAAGAUUUUUGUGGUAUUUGA